UAAUCUUCUUAACGUCAAUGGUUCAGUUGGUCAAAAUAGAAGCGGGGGUGAAGACGCCGCCGCCGUCGUUGAGCAGAUUUACGCUUGAGACCUGCAGACAAACAAGCGCUUGCUAAUCCUCAGCUAUAAAAUUUUGCGGCGAGUAAACAUUCCGAAUUCAUCUUAACAUGUUGUUUAGCUGUAUGUGAAUUCCUGAAAAUACACAGAAAGAAGAUGGAUCUCGUUGUUUUUGCUGAAACAAGAUGCUAAAAAACUGGGGUGUCAUCGGUGGUAUUGCUGCUGCCAUCGUGGCCGGUGUUUACGUUUUGUGGGGCCCGAUCACAGAGCGAAAGAAGAGAAAGAGAGGUAUGGUUCCUGGUCUGCUGAACCUCGGCAACACUUGCUUCCUGAACUCUUUGCUUCAGGGUUUGGCUGCGUGUCCAUCCUUUAUCCGGUGGCUGGAGAAGUUUUCAAGUUCACCUGUAAUCCACUCGUGUAAAGAAAACAAACUGUCCACAACACUGCUCCAUCUUCUCAAAGCUCUGUCCAGUAAUGAGCCUGGGGAUGAAGAUGUGCUGGAUGCUGGAUGCUUGCUGGAUGUUCUCAGGCUCUACCGGUGGCACAUCAGUUCAUUUGAAGAGCAGGAUGCUCACGAACUCUUUCAUGUUCUAACGUCAUCACUUGAGGAGGAAAGGGACCGCCGGCCUAAAGUCCCCCAUUUCUUUGACAUGCAGUCUCUUGAGAAUCUUCCCGAACAGAAUGAAAGAAAUAGGACUUGCAGAAGUCGAGCUCCUCUUCACCCAAUACCAAGCUCAUGGAAGUUUCCGCAUCCCUUUCAUGGCCGCUUAACAAGCAUCAUGUUGUGUAAGCGGUGUGAGCAUCAAAGUCCAGUACGAUAUGAUUCAUUUGAAAGCCUUUCACUGUCUAUCCCUUUACCUCAGUGGGGUCGACCCAUCUCUCUGGAUCAGUGUCUACAGCAUUUCAUCUCCUCAGAAACCAUCAAGGAAGUAGAGUGUGAAAACUGCACCAAGCUUCAACAUGGAACAAUGUUCCGUGGACAGGUUGCAGAGAGUCAGCGGACCACUUUUGUAAAGCAGCUUAAAUUGGGAAAGCUACCCCAGUGCCUCUGUGUCCAUCUGCAAAGACUCACAUGGUCCGGCGAAGGAACCCCCAUUAAAAGACAAGAGCAUGUACAGUUUUCAGAGUAUCUUUCAAUGGACCGCUACAAACACGGCGCCUCCACACAGAUAACGAAGCAGAGCAAACAUCUGGCACAGCACCAAAAAUCAGAACAAUCAGAAAAGGCUACAGGAAAGCCCUCUACUAAUGGCACUGAUGAAGAGCAUCAUAACAACAAUCAACCCUAUACAAAUGGAGACUGUCCAUCUGUUUAUCUACACUCUACUAGUGGGACAACUCCGCUGGGCCUCGUGUUUGACUUUUGUUCUACAGAGUAUUUGUUCCAGCUCAGCGCCGUGCUGGUUCACCACGGCGACAUGCACUCAGGACAUUUUGUAACGUACCGCCGCAGCCCCUCGCCGCCACGCAGUUCCUCACCCUACAUCUCUCAGUGGCUCUGGGUGUCCGACGACUCCGUCCGCAAAGCCAGCUUCCACGAGGUGCUGUCUUCUAACGCUUACAUGCUCUUCUAUGAAAGGGUCUGUAAGCAGACCGCCGCCGCCUUGCAUCCAGAGGAGUGAGUACGCUCAUCCUGCCUUUCUAGUCAUAUUGUCACGAAUGAACACGCCCAUUACUACUGAUGGUGCAUUGACACCAGAAAGUGUGAAGUCAUUUUGACUGAAUGGAUCAUAGCAUAGGUUGCUGCUCUAAUCCAGAACAAUCCCAAAGAAUGUGCCCUAGUAGGAGUUUUAGGACAAAGUUCCUGAAUAACAUGCCUUCAGUAGGUUGUCCAUGUGUGAUGCAUUUACUCUUGACAUCGCCAGGGAGAUGGCACCAAUUUAUUUACAGCAAUCUAUGUAGACAUAUUUUAGAAAUGAUGCAUAAUACAGCUUAUCACCUCUCUAAAUAUUACAAUACAGGAUUACUUUCAAGGUGUGCAUAUUGUAGCUACCAUUUUGUCAGGUUUCUAUAAACCUAUGAAAGCCUACGUGCUAAUGAAAAAGUGGCAAUUUUCUUUCAUGCCAACAUGGAAAUUGAAUGGCUCGCUUGGUGUCACGAUUACGUCACGAGAGGUAGUAACUGCCAUUUCCCUCUUACCAAAACCAGCUGAAAGGAAAGGCGGCGGCGCAAAAGCCUGUUAAUGUUUGCACUUUGAUACAGUAUAUUCAUGUGGUCAUGUUUUGUGUUGCAAUCUCUAAAGUGACCAGUUUCUGAUAUGAAAAAAGUCAAUGCCGCUGGAAUAGGCUCCAGCACCCCCCGCGACCCAGAGAGGGACAAGUGGUAGGAAAUGGAUGGAGGUUUUAUAAAUAAUUUUUGGCAAACAGACGAAAUUGAGAGGAAUGGCGUCAUCUGUCUAGGGACGGGUACCUUUCAUAUUUGAAUCGAUACGGAACCAAUUUUCAGUAAUUUUGUUUGUUCAAAUGUGUUAAUAAAUGUUCAAUAAAAAAGAUAUUUUUUUAUUCAGCAUUUAACACCGA